AUGGUCGCUCACAGUCAACCCCUGAGUGACCUUGUCGUUUGUGAACUUGUUUCCUUUUCCCGUGGUCGCUGCCCACCAUACACAGCUGUUUCCUACGCUUGGGGCAAAAGCACGACAAGCUCCCAACUUGUGAUUGAGGACCAGAUAUACGAAGUAAGCUGUACAGUCGAGGAAGUCCUCCAGCAACUCGUCGUUGAGGAUACCGACAGGUUCGUCUGGGUGGAUCAGAUUUGCAUCAACCAACAAGAUAACGCCGAAAAGAGCGACCAAGUGCAGCAGAUGAAAAGCAUUUAUACCGAAGCAUGUCUCGUCAUAGCUUGGCUUGGACCUGCCGCAGACGAUAGCGAUAUGCUUCUGAAACACAUUGAGAGAAUGGGGGAAGCGAUUUGGGCAGACGAUCACAGCAGCAUUGUCGCUGCUCACUCGAAUAAAGAAGGGCUAGAGGCCAUCCGCCGUGCUUUUCGGUCUCUCUGCCAACGGGAAUACUGGAAGAGGCUCUGGAUCAUCCAAGAGUUCGCUGUCGGCAGUAGCCUGCGCAUUGCGUGUGGUGAUAUGAUGGUAUGGGAUUGGAAUCUGGAGGCAUUGCUCGCCUAUAUGAACCAGCUCUUGGAAGGUAACUUUUCGAGAUCCUCGGAAAAGUCUAAUGAUCCUCUCGACCACAGUCUGCCUCGUGCCUAUUUAACGUCGGCUACGAGCUUUAUGGAAGGUGUCGUAACGAGGCGAUGCCGAUACUGGGCGCGCCAAGAUGGAGACAUCAACAGCGAUGCACUCUUUUACGUGCUAGUCACUACACUAGUCCUAGAGCGCGACUACAACCAGCCUCAAGCAACAAACCCGCUGGAUAGAACUACUCUCGGCCAUGUGAAGAGAUAUAUCGCGAAAUUGCGCUGGUUAUCUUGA